ACGCCGAGGUGAGGAAGAGGCGCGUUCAAGUCCUGCGUCUUUGAAUUUGACAGCGGUUGGCCGCUCCUAUUUUGCUAGAGCGAGGGUGCGAAGUUUUCUUGUUGGCACAGUUUAGAGUGCCGUACGGUCCGUUCAUUUUUAAUCACAUUGCACUGGUUUGUACGCUCGAUUCGGUAAAACACACAUAUUUGUUCUAGUGUUUUCACAUAUUUGUUUUAAAUUGAAAUUACGACAACCAUGGCAUCUGAUGAGCUGGCAUCUAAACUGACACGGCGCCUGCAAAUAGAGGAUGGCACCGAGGACGCGGUGGCCGUGGACGAGGCAGAAGAAAACGGAGAGGAUGAGAAGUCGACUACAGCCAACGCUGACAAUGAACUGGGUGCCAAACUACUGCGCCGAGGGCAGCUGAACGAAGGGGUCGGGCAACAUCAGCAGCCCAGUGACAGGGUGUACAAUCCGAACACGGAGUUUAAGGAAUUCUCCCGGAAGCAAAUCAAAGACAUGGAAAAAAUGUUCAAACAGUAUGACGCAGGCAAGGAUGGGUUCAUUGACCUCAUGGAGCUCAAACUGAUGAUGGAGAAGCUGGAGGCUCCGCAGACUCACCUGGGCCUAAAGAACAUGAUCAAAGAGGUGGAUGAGGAUCUGGACAACAAGCUGAGCUUCAGAGAGUUCCUGCUGAUUUUCCGGAAGGCGGCAGCUGGCGAGCUGGUGGAGGGCUCCGGCUUGCAAGUCCUGGCCACACUCUCCGAGAUCGACGUGUCCACAGAGGGCGUGAAGGGUGCCAAGUCCUUCUUUGAGGCAAAAGUCCAGGCCAUUAGCGAAUCCAACCGCUUCGAGGCAGAGAUUCGUCAAGAGCAGGAGGAGAAAAAGAAAGAGCUGGAGGAGAAGAAGCAACGAAAGGCAGCUUUUAAAGAGCUGAAGUCAGCCUUCAAAUAACUGCUACAUCCUUCCGUCUGUCAGUUUAUCUGUCUGUCCUGUCAGCCUUUAAAUAACCAUGCUUUGUAUGUCUGUAAGCUUUUAAAUAACCAUGUUGUCUCUCUGUAAGCCUGUCUGCCCGAGUCAAACAAUUAGUCUGUGUGUGUGUGUGUGUGUGAGCCUUCAAAGAACAACACUUCAUCCAUCUGUCUUUCGCUGUUCCUUCCAUUUCAAAGAGUGCCUGUUAUGUACGUGUAAAGAGUGCGAGUCUUGGGAUGCCUGCUAGUGCGCUGCAGGUCUGAUAAUGCACAAAUCUGCGCAGGGCAUAGAUCCAGAACCACAGUGCUUUCCUUCAGCUCGGCUGUGUUAACGUCCAGCUCUGGAAAUGCAGUUCCUUAAUUACUCCUGUUAGACAUUAUAGGAUUUCACUCAGGUGACCAGAAACACUGUGACUCUGAGACCUUAUUUAAGUACAGAUUCUCUUUGGACAAGUGCAUGCUACGUAUUUCCUGUGCACGCAGGAAGCAGUGUUAUUAAAAAAGAAGGCUACUUUGGGCCUUGGCUGGUAUCUGCUGCUGUAACAGACAACAAAAAAUGCACCUUCAUAGAGACCCAUGAGCCUCUAGAGCAUGGAUUUCUGUGUGGGGGACAAUUUGUCUUUGCUUGUGUGGUGGUGGCGAUUCUUUUGCAUGGUCACUGUGAGGUACUGACAAUAUCUCCAUGGGUUGGGCUACCCCUACAUCCUUACUGCACACCCACUGUCAUUGCCUUAAUAUAACAGCUUCUGUGUCCAUACUCUUGUUUUAAUUGGAGCCCUAUUCUGCACAUUUUGAUAGACAUUAUAUGAAUAGUGUGUGUGUGUGUAUGUAUGUGUGUUGGGGGUGGGGGUGCAUCUAAACUAUAUGCUUCCUGUUCUAUGUUGUCAUGUGAUUGUAUGACUGUGGGAUUAUGGGAUAUCUAUGAGACAUCUGGCUCAGUCAUACUGCAUAAUUUGUGUGACUGGCCAGAGACCAUCAAAACCUAGUGUGGAAAAUUCUUCUUUCCCACCCCCUGAAUGGUGCACACGUGCCUUUAUGACAGCCCCUCUCCCUGCCAACUCAGGUAAUGCUGUGCGUACAUCAGCUCUAAGUUGCCGUGCCCUGUGUUGACCACAAGAGGGCAUUUUGUUCUGAACACAGAAAAGGUAGACUGCCAUGAUUGGGUGUUCUAUGACGAAUAUGCUACCUUUUCAUAAGAACAAAGAGUUUUAUUUUUUAUGAUAAAAACCAUUCCUCUUCAUUCCGUUUAUUGAAAUCAGUCCACAAAUUGGUGUCUUGGCCAGUCCUGAAAUAAGCAUUCUGUGAUUGUUUCUGUAUUUUGAGCGGUUAUCAGAAGAGUAUACGCAUGUAACCCUCACCAUUAUGUCUGAACAGUCAGGUUAGGCCACCUGCGUGGGCCAUCUUUGAAAACACUCUUUGUAUGUAUGUUUUUUUUUUGUUUGUUUUGAAACAAUGGUAAAGACACCUCUGGUUGCAAAAAUAGUCAAUAUUGAGGGUGUCGUUGGGGAGAAAUUAUGUGCAGAAACCAGAGGAUUGGUGGAAAAAAUAUACAUGUCCGUUGGUGUCCUUUCCCUUGGCUGCUGGAAGGUAAUGGGACACAAAGUCACAGCUAGCUUUGAACAAACUCACAAGAGUCCAGGUUUCAUGAGUCUGUUGAAAAGGAUGACAAAGGUAUUGAAAGACGCAAUACUUGCACUUAACAGUAUGUCCCUUUUCAAAUGGCCAUGAUAACUAAUAUUAUUUCAUGACUUCUUAUCGUGGUAUCUAUAUUCAAGAAUGCCAUUUUCCCCACCCAUCCCAGUUGUCAAAUUUCAUUUAUUUUACAGUUCGGUUCAGUUUUCCUUCCAUGGUGUUAACUGAUCAUUGUUUAUGUGUUCCUUUCCUCCAUACUCUGUUCAUGUUUUUUGGAUUUUACUGGCUGUGUCUAUUUUUAUAUAAUGGGAUAUCUUGUAACCCCUUUAAAUAAUAAAUUGCUACUGAAUACAAUUA